AGAGGAGCUGUCCAUGGUGCUGUAGUGAGAGGAGCUGUCCAUGUUGCUGUAGUGAGAGGAGCUGUCCAUGGUGCUGUAGUGAGAGUGAGUUGUCCAGAGAAUACUAUAGAGAAUGGUGCUGUAGCACAUGGUACUGUCCAUGUUACUGUAGAGAAUGGUACUGUAGAGAAUGGUACUGUAGAGAAUGGUACAGUAGAGAAUGGUACUGUAGAGAAUGGUACUGUAGAGAAUGGUACAGUAGAGAAUGGUACUGUAGAGAAUGGUACUGUAGAGAAUGGUACUGUAGAUAAUGGUACUGUAGAUAAUGGUACUGUAGAGAAUGGAACUGUAGAGAAUGGUACAGUAGAGAAUGGUACUGUAGAGAAUGGUACUGUAGAGAAUGGUACUGUAGCGAAUGGAACUGUAGAGAAUGGUACUGUAGAGAAUGGUACAGUAGAGAAUGGUACUGUAGAGAAUGGAACUGUAGAGAAUGGAACUGUAGAGAAUGGUACUGUAGAGAAUGGAACUGUAGAGAAUGGUACUGUAGAGAUUGGAACUGUAGAGAAUGGUACUGUAGAGAAUUGUACUGUCCAUGGUACUGUAGAGAAUGGUGCUAUAGAGCGUGGUACUAUAGAGAAUGGAACUGUAGAGAAUGGUGCUAUAGAGAAUGGUGCUAUAGAGAAUGGUACUGUAGAGAAUGGUGCUAUAGAGAAUGGUGCUAUAGAGAAUGGUGCUAUAGAGAAAUGUGCUAUAGAGCAUGGUACUAUAGAGAAUGGUACUAUAGAGAAUGGUCUGUAGAGAAUGGUACUGUAGAGAAUGGAACUGUAGAGAAUGGAACUGUCCACGGUACUGUAGAGAAUGGUGCUGUAAAGAAUGGUACUGUAAAGAAUGGUACUGUCCAUGGGACUGUAGUGAAUGGUAUUGUAGAGAAUGGUACUGUAGAGAAUGGUACUGUAAAGAAUGGUACUGUAAAGAAUGGUACUGUCCAUGGGACUGUAGUGAAU